CUCCCGCCGACCUCUCCCCGAUCCAGCCUUUGGCCUCUGCUUCACGCUUCAUCAACACCUUUCACUAACCACAGCUGCAAGCGUUCUGAGCAAGGAUCACAUCAAAAGCCCCAUUUCGCGCUUUCCAUCGCCUUGGCCCGCGCAUUCGGUUCGGGGGGCCUCCACAUGGACCGCCAGAAUGGCCGGAACGGCACCAGCCGACGCACCAGCCACGCUUCUUCAGCUUGCUGCGCAACUCUGCCACGGUCCACCCUUUGAUCAGGAACGCUGUCUCAUUGCCUGCCUAGCCGAGUACAUGCGCGACCUCAGCGGUGACCGGGAACCAACACUCCCCCCACUUCCCCCGACCCUUUUUGAUGCCGCCUCCAUCCCUUCCAUGGAUCUCGUCACCUAUGCCCAUCGUCAACACGAGUAUGCUCACCCCGGUUGUGAAGCCAUCAUCACCGCCUUUGCCCUGGUUCAACGCAUGGUUCAGUCGGGCCGUGUCAUCGUCACUCCCCUAAACGAGCAUCGCCUGUUGGCCGUCGCCUUGCUGCUUGCCAUCAAGCUUACCAAAGACCAGUACUACGAAAAU